GUUUAUCCUUUUACUCAAGUAAAGGAUUUGAGUCCUUCUGACGAGGACCAUUCUGCAAAACACCGCCUACAUGUGAUGCGUAUGGCAGCCUACAUGUGAUUCCUAAUACUGUACAGCUAUAAUACUACUUAAAAAUGGAAUGCAGGACUUUAACCUGUAAUUGAGUAUUUGGUUAUUUAACAUUGAUAAUCCUUUUACUUGAGUAACAUGAUGGGAGGUGAAUACUUCUUCCCCCAGUGGUUGUGUGCUGUAGAGCAGUCGUACGUAUUUGCGUUUCCUCUCUGUGUGUGUGAACUGCACUAUCUUGACAUUUACUCAUCUCUGAAGCUAAGGUAGCGCGGUGGCUCAUUGGUUCAACGUCACCUCGCUGAGUCCUUGUUUAUAGCUCGUUAUACAUUAUGUUCAGACUGAAGCUGCUGUUUCUGUGCCGGCGUCCUGCUGGUUUCUGUGAACAUGCGUGUAGCGUGUGAAAGGUGCUGUGCGUCCCGUCUCCACUCAGUGUUGUGGACAUAGCUCUCCUCUCCUCACUGGUUUCCGCUCACAAAGCCUCAUCGCUACCACCCCAGCAGAGAGAUGCACAAGGAAGGGGACGAGGCGCAGGAGGACUGCGGCUCCCGGGAGGAGUGGACGCUGCUGUUCUGGACGUCUCUGGCCGUCAUCGUCCCGGUCAUCAUCACGCUGUGGUGCAGCGCGCAGCGCUCCAAGCGGAAAACGCACAUGAAGGACUUCUUCCGCAAGAGCAAGCACGGCUGGCACUACACAGACCUGUUCAACAAGCCCACCUACUGCUGCGUCUGCGCCCAGCACAUCCUCCACGGGGCUUUCUGCGACUCCUGCGGCGUGUGCGCCGACGAGCAGUGCCUGCGCCGGGCCGACCGGAGCCUGACGUGCAAGGAGAUCAUGGCUCCGUGUGGCCCGGGCGGAGCCAUGGAGCACCGCUGGGUCCGCGGAAAUGUCCCCCUGGCCAGCUACUGUGCGGUGUGCAAACAGCAGUGCGGGACUCAGCCGAAGCUCUGCGACUUCAGGUGUGUGUGGUGUCAGGCCACAGUGCACGAUGACUGCAUGGACAGCCUGCCGGCUGCAGACCAGUGUGAGCUGGGCGAGUUCCACAACCUCAUCAUCCCUCCUCACUACCUCUACCGCGUCAACAAGCUCCGCCGCAGGCACCCUGACGAGUACAGCAAGCUGGCUUCGUCCUGUGGCAGUGGCUGGACUCCAGUGUUGGUCUUGGCUAACACACGCAGCGGUAACAACAUGGGGGAGGCUCUGCUGGGAGAAUUUCGCACCGUUCUGAAUCCCGUACAGGUGUUUGACCUGUCUGAGCUGUCUCCCUCCAAAGCCCUCCAGCUGUGCACCCUGCUGCCUCCCGGCAGUGUCCAGGUGCUGGUGUGUGGAGGCGAUGGCACCGUGGGCUGGGUGCUGGAUGCCAUCGAUACCAUGAAGCUGAAGGGCCAGGACCAGUUCAUGCCGAGGGUGACCAUCCUGCCCCUUGGGACAGGAAAUGACCUUUCCAACACUCUUGGCUGGGGUGCCGGGUACGCUGGAGAGAUCCCCGUGGAACAGGUUCUCCGUAACAUCCUUGAUGCCGAGGUGGUCAAAAUGGACAGAUGGAAAGUGCAAGUGGCUUCAAAAGGCCUCUACUUUCGUAAACCAAAGGUUCUGUCCAUGAACAACUACUUCUCUGUGGGGCCCGAUGCUCUGAUGGCGCUCAACUUCCACACGCACCGUGAGAAAACGCCCUCCUUCUUCUCCAGCCGCAUCAUCAACAAGACUGUAUAUUUCCUGUAUGGCACCAAAGAUUGUUUAGUGCAGGAAUGUAAGGAUCUGGAUAAGAGGAUUGAGUUGGAGUUGGAUGGGGAGAGGGUGGCACUGCCCAGCCUGGAGGGCAUCAUAGUGUGUAACAUUGGCUAUUGGGGCGGAGGCUGCAGACUCUGGGAGGGUAUGGGGGAUGAACCCUGCCCCCCCACACGGCUGGAUGAUGGUCUGCUGGAGGUGGUGGGUGUGUUUGGCUCCUUCCACUGUGCUCAGAUCCAGGUCAAGCUGGCCAAUCCUGUAAGGCUGGGACAGGCCCACACUGUCAGGCUGGUUCUCAAGAGCUCGAAGAUGCCCAUGCAGGUGGACGGGGAGCCGUGGGCCCAGGGUCCCUGCACCAUCACGAUCACCCACAAGACCCAGGCCCUCAUGCUGUACCACAGCGCCGAGCAGACAGAUGACGACGACGAGGAAUCCAGCGCCUCUGAGACAGAGAGCCCCACCCCCCAAGACUCACCCAGGCCCUCGCCUCGUGCGUGACCCGCCCCAGACAUCAUGUGAUCCGAAGCUCCUCUGGUUUUUAUUCUCUGUCUUCUUUUCUGCAGCCCAGUGUCUGUUAAUCACUCCUUUUAAAUGGCACUUCUUCUUCGUCCUCUAACAUCUUUGACCACACUUUAUCCUCCAAUCAUGUUCGUAAGAAGAGGUGUAUUAUGUUUUCAGAGAGCUCACUGGGGUCAAAAGGGUGAGUUUGGAAAUGGGCUGGUGGGAUUUGUUUUUUGGGUCUCUAAUCUUUCCAUAUGUUGUAACCCAGAGCUCAAGCAGUUCCCCCUCCACAGGUGAGAUAGUCAGGAGGAGGUGAAUGUUUGUGAGAAUGAUUGCCGUUUUUUUGCACUGAUCCCUUGUGCCAUAGCCAUCUAUAGUCAACUAUGAAACUGUGUUCAUUCUACUGUAUUUAAGAUUGAAUGCCGAGUGUAGCCCUGCAGCUAUCUGUGAGCCAUUUUAACCAAGUGGCCUAGGUUCAAUUUACCAAACCCCCACAAAGCCAUGUCUAAACAGUCAAAACGGUUGUGAAGGGGAGGUUUCCCUGAAGGUACAGCCAUAGCUUUGUUGCUCUAUUUAUUUAUUUUUACUCCAGAAAGAGCAAAAAAAGAAACAGCGAGCACAUUUUCUGUGUGUGAAAUGUUAAACCGCUCAGAAUAUCUGUUAAAUUCCUCCUUCAGACUCCUCAUCACGGCGUUGAUAGUUUUAAAGUGUUUCCUUCAUUUCAAGAUAAGGUUUUGAAAUGUGUGUGAAAGCCAAUAGUUCUCUGAAUCUGACGGAGCAAGUGCUCCGUUACAACUGCAGCGUGUUGUUCAUCACUGGACGUGUUGGUUUGCUUACUUCAUGGUGCCCUCUCUCAAGUAGCUCACCAAACUGCUAGAUUGUACUAAGAUACAGUCUUGAAACAAUAUUUUCCUGUAAGAGCUACAGGAAACAGCCUGACUUUAUUUUAAAAGUACUGCCAAGUAACUUGUUUAGACAAUUAGAUUUUGCUUACUUGUACACCUUUUUGUUUUUUCCUUUUCUUUAAAAUGUUCUUUCUGUUUACAUGUUUUGGGUUGCACUGUUUUGGCACUUAAGCUGAUAAAUACCUUACACUGCGUAGGAUGUAGGUUAUAUACAUGAAACCGUAAUGCCGACAUUUGAUCUUUCUGCCGAUAGUGAUAACUGCUGAUGAGAUUAAGAUGUCCUGUGUUGUUAUUUUACGUUAUUCAAGUAAUCCUCUUGCAUUUCAUAAUUUGUGAUUUACCAAAUAGUCCCCACAAGGUGGCAGACUAAAGACAGUAUUUUCUGUAGACAGGUCAAGUAGAUCAUGUCCUUAACUGCUACAGUUUUGAAAUGAAUACCAUCAGCCACUUGCAUGUACUUCUGUGUAGUGUUC